AUGGCAGAUUUUAACUACUCCCACUUUCAACACCUUUACUUUAUCUUAACUGGAAUUCCAGGGCUUGAGCAAAAGUAUUACUGGAUGGCAUUCCCAUUGGGAGCUAUAUAUUUCAUUGCUUUAUUUGGUAAUGGCAUCAUUAUUGCUACCAUCAAGUCUGAGUCAUCUCUGCAUAUCCCUAUGUACUACUUUCUGUGUAUGCUGGCAUUGGCGGACAUGGGACUUGCUCUCUGUACUUUACCCUCAAUGCUAGGCAUAUUUUGGUUUAACUACAAGUAUAUUGCCUUUGAUGCCUGCCUAGUUCAAAUGUACUUCAUCCACACAUUCUCUGCUAUUGAAUCAGGUGUACUGGUAGCCAUGGCCUUUGAUCGUGUUGUAGCAAUCUGGAAUCCUCUUAGAUACAGCACCAUCCUAACCAAUGGUGUUGUCUGCAAAACUGGGACUGUAAUCUUGACUCGAGCAAUCUGUGUGGUCUUUCCAGUGCCAUUUCUCAUCAAGAGGCUACCUUUCUACCGCUCCAACAUCCUCUCCCACUCCUUUUGCCUCCAUCAAGAUGUCAUGCGCCUUGCCUGUGCCAGCACCCGCGUCAACAGUCUCUAUGGACUCAUUGCUGUCAUCUUCACUAAGGGUUCUGACUCCCUUUCCAUCCUUCUCUCCUAUGUGUUUAUACUCAGAACUGUAAUGGCUAUUGCAUCAGGGGAGGGACGGCUGAAGGCACUCAACACUUGUGUUUCACAUAUUUGUGCUGUACUCAUCUUCUAUGUGCCACUCAUUGGAGUGUCUGUCAUUCACCGAUUUGGAAAGCAUCUUUCCCCACUGACUCAUGCCCUGAUGGCUAAUGCCUACCUACUUGUACCCCCUGUGCUUAACCCCAUAGUCUACACUGUGAAAACCAAAGAGAUACGAAGGAAGAUAAUUCAAAUAUUUGUUCGUACCAAGGUGACUGCAGAGGGUUAA